AUGACAAUCCCUUCAAACUUCCUCACUGCUACAGAGACCAUAGCUCUUAUCAACGAUGGGAAACUCACCGUCACUCAAUUGGCUUUGGAUCAUUUCGCAAGAUACGAAGCUAGAGAUGCUGAAGUUGAAGCUUGGGCUUAUAUCAACAAAGAUCAUAUUUUAAAAGAAGCUAAAAGACUCGAUGAUCUUCCUAAAGAGAAAAGAGGUCCUCUUCAUGGUAUGAUCUUGGGUGUGAAAGAUAUGAUCAACACCUACGAUUUACCAACUCAACAUAAUUCGCCAAUCUACAAAGGUCAUCAACCUGGUGUUGACGCUGCUCCCGUAGCUGUAUGUCGUGCUCUUGGAGCUUUGAUCUACGGAAAGACUCACACUACCGAAUUCGCCUCGACUGGCGUAGGCCCCCCAGCUCAUAACGCUUACGACCCCGCUCGUACUCCCGGUGGAUCUUCUUCCGGGUCCGGUGCAGCCGUCGGUGAUUAUCAAUGUCAGAUCGCUUUUGGUACUCAGACCGGAGGUAGUACUAUCAGACCUGGUAGUUUCAACAAUAUCUUCGCUAUGAAGCCUACCUGGAGUGCCAUCUCUCGUGAAGGUCUUAAAAUCUUCUCUGUCACUCUCGACACCCUCGGUCUUUACUCUCGUUCCGUAUCCGAUCUUCAACUUCUAGCUUACGCAUUCCGUUUGAUCGAUGAUGUUCCACCUCCUCUUACACCUAAACCUCUUUCGGAAUGUACGUUCGGAUAUACCAAAACUCACUCUUGGUACAUUUCCGGUGGUCCUUCUCCAGAGCUCAUCAGAGCUUAUGAAACAUCUAAAGAGAUUUUACUUUCAGCAGGAGCCAAGAUUGAAGAAUUUGAAAUGCCACCUGAAUUCAACGAUUUAGCUCUACUUCGUAAUCGAUACAUUAUGGCAGGUGAAGGACGUGCUGCCUUUUUACCAGAAUACGUUGCCAAUCGUUGGGGUCUUUCCGAUCAAUUAGCCUCUCAUGUUGAAAAUAAACAAUUCGUUAUAACUCGUCAAAUGCAAUUACAAGCUUAUGAUGAAAUUGCAGCUUUACGUCCUAUCGUAGAUGGAAUGUUAGGUAAAUAUGACGCUGUGGUAACUCCUAGUGUACCUGGUGAAGCUCCUAUCGGUUUAGGAAGUACGGGUGAUGCUCGUUUCUGUAGUAUGUGGACGGCGCUUCAUGUUCCUUGUGUACAAAUCCCAGGUUUCGCGAGUGAGAAUGGUAUGCCAAUUGGUUUGACCCUUGUUGGACCUAGAUACCACGACCAAAAACUUCUCUCCACCUCGAAAGCCGUAGCGGCAGUAUGGAACGGAUACGACAAUGCUAAACUUGUGAAACUCCCCGGUGAACCCGCCGAGGCAGUUCACGCCAAGCCUUAA